CGGGUCUAAUAGCAGAAGUGACGUUACCUUUCUUUCACUUUUGAUUUUGUAGUAACUAUCUCGUUUUGUGCAUUAUUUCCGAUUGUAAAUGGGGAUUAUAGGUUGUUGUAAAGCAUACUAGUUUGUUUUUUAAGUAUCAACAAUUAGCCAAAACAAGAAACAAGUAUUCACAAUGUGUAUUUUACGUGCAAGAUACCAUAUAUCAUGGAGCAACACAGGUUUCGCUUCCAGUUGCACCAAUGCCACAGUUUGAAGAGGAGAUUUUGUUUAAAGAGUAUGUAAAGAUGAUGACGGAUAUGAUCAUUUUGUGCUUCACUUUGGCAAUCUCCUUGUCAUUCUGGAUUGUCUCGCUUACUGCUAGUACGUAUUAUGGUACUUUACAUCCUGUCUCCCCAUGGCGCUGGCUAUUCUCAAUACUGGUUCCCCUCAUCCUUACCUCACACAGUCUCAAAAGGAAAAGCCUUGACCGCAGCGGAGCGUUGGGAGGUAAAUACUCACUUGUGGUCGGAUUCAUUCUUACCAUGGCUAACAUGAGCUUCUUUGCUUCCUUGCUGGCAUUCUUCGUAACAUCUUCCAGACUAACAAAAUGGAAGGGGGAGGUGAAGAAGCGUAUUGACGCAGAUUAUAAAGAAGGUGGGCAGAGGAAUUGGGUGCAGGUGUUCUGUAAUGGAGGCGUCCCUACAGAACUUGCUCUGCUGUACAUGAUUGAGACUGGCCCUGGGGAGAUUCCGGUGGACUUUGGGAAGCAGUACAGUGCAACAUGGAUGUGUUUAUCCCUCUUGGGUGCCUUGGCUUGCAGUGCUGGGGACACGUGGGCCUCUGAAAUAGGACCUGUCCUUAGUCCGAGUUCACCAAGAUUAAUAACGACGUGGAGGGAAGUCCCAGUGGGUACGAAUGGGGGGGUCACUCCAGUGGGUCUUCUUGCCAGUCUCCUGGGUGGAAUGGUGGUGGGCCUGGCUUACUUUGUCAGUCAGCUGCUCUUUGUGAAGGAUCUGAACCUCGCUGCUCCACAGUGGCCCAUUGUUGUGUAUGGUGCCAUGGCAGGAUUACUGGGGUCCUUGCUGGAUUCUUACAUAGGUGCCACUAUGCAAUAUUCAGGUUAUGACAAAGGCAAGGUUGUGAACCACCAAACAAACUCUUCACAAUGGAUAUGUGGAAAACCUAUUCUGGACAACAAUGCUGUGAACCUGUUUUCUUCCAUACUGAUUGCGCUGAUAUUGCCUGGAAUGGCCUGGGGGUUUUGGCCAGUGCAGUAGAUACUUUUGCACUGGGGGAAAAAAAGCAAAUGCUCUGUUUGUCCAACCAGACAGUGGGAUACAAGAAACAGGGCUCUGUAGUAAUUGAUUCACUCAAGUCUUCAUUUUUCAUUCUGGCUUCGUCUAAUGUUUUUAAUUUUACAGUAUUAUGUUAUUUUUUUAAGAGUGUAAACUAUUGGCGCAAUCCCCAGAGCAUUGACUCAUGACUCAUGUUUUGUUUUGUUUUUUAAAGUGUACUGAUAAGUUACUGGCAAAACCAACAGUAGUCUAGAACAGCUUGAUCAGUCUCAUAUUUCUUUUUUUGUCUGAUCAAAAGAGUCAAAUAACAAAUGACUUAUUUGUAACUCUAGGUCACUUAUCUAAGCGGUUCAAAUUUGAAAGUCAGCAGUUUUUCUUUUUCAAGGGAGUCUUGUAUGAGUAAUUAAAUGUCAUGUCGCAACAUGUUUUAACCUACUAGGAACAGAAAAGCUCAGAGAACCUUGAAACUGUUUACAAUAAAGUAUGAAACUCAA